AUGAAAAGUGGACUGGUAGAAUAUUUUGAAUUUGAUAAUUUUGAAAUAACAACUGCUUAUCUUGUGGACAUCGUAGGUCAUUUUAACAAGUUAAAUUUGCAACUUCAAGGCAAAAAUGCUAAUGUUAUUACACAUUCAGAUAAACUGAAGGCAUUUAUUGAAAAGCUCAAACUGUACAAAACUAGAAUUAAUAAUGGAAACUUGAUCAUGUUUCAAAAUUUAAAUAACAUAAUUGGAGUUAACAUGCUUCCUGAAGUUAUAAAGACAGAAAUAGUUUGUCACCUAGAUAAUUUGAUUACUGAAUUUGGUAACUAUUUUCCAGAUAUGAAUCUUUUGAGCAGUGAAGUUAUUAUAUCACCAUUUUCUUGUGAUGUGAAAAAUGUGAAAGAGGAAGCACAAGAAGAGUUUAUAGAGUUAAAGAAUGACACCACGGCUAAGGAUCACUUCAAAGUAGCACCAUUAAAUAACUUCUGGUUGAAAAUGAGAAAUUCAUAUCCAUUGUGUUCAUCAAUUGCACUUAAAGCCCUUAUUCCUUUUUCAACAUCAUAUUUGUGUGAAGCCGGGUUUUCAGCAAUGCUAUCUCUUAAAACAAAAAAAAGAAAUAGACUUGAUAUUGAUGCAGAUAUUAGAUGUGCUCUAUCAAAAACUAAACCAAAUUUUCAGAUAUUAAUUGCUAGUAAGCAGUGUCAGAAUUCACACUGA